AAACCCAAGCCCACUAGGUACCAGUUUACACCCCUCCGUCAGUACGAGAAUCAACCCCUAGCUGAAGGAAGACUCCACUUCCUCUGCUGGUCUCUCUUUCAUCGACACAGCAAUGGUGGCUCCGGUCGAUCCGAAACCCGGGGGAGCCCUAAGAAACGCCUUCGCCGGCGUUUUGGGUUUCUUUAUUCUUUUUCUCAUAGGUGUCCUCGCCUUCUCGAUCCGCCUCUUUUCAGUUAUAAAGUACGAGAGCGUGAUCCACGAGUUCGAUCCAUAUUUUAACUACAGGGUUACUCAGUUCCUUACCAAAAAUGGAAUUUACGAGUUCUGGAAUUGGUUUGAUGAUCGGACCUGGUAUCCCCUUGGUCGUGUUAUUGGUGGAACUGUUCAUCCCGGACUAACACUUACAGCAGGCACAAUGUGGUGGAUACUUAAUUCUCUCAACAUUCCUCUUUCAGUUGAGACUGUUUGUGUCUUCACUGCACCAGUUUUCUCCGCUUUUGCGGCCUGGGCUACAUACUUGCUAACAAAGGAGGUUAAAGGCAUUGGAUCUGGAUUGACUGCUGCAAUUCUCUUAGCACUGGUCCCCUCUUAUAUCUCACGUUCUGUGGCUGGCAGUUAUGACAACGAGGCUGUAGCGAUAUUUGCUCUAAUAUUCACCUUUUAUCUUUAUGUAAAGACGCUGAACACAGGAUCACUUUUUUAUUCCACCUUAAGUGCUUUAUCGUAUUUUUAUAUGGUAUGUUCUUGGGGAGGCUACACAUUCAUUAUAAACCUAAUUCCGAUGCAUGUUCUUCUAUGUAUUGUGACCGGUCGCUACUCUUCUCGAUUAUACAUUGCAUAUGCCCCUCUUGUUGUUUUGGGAACACUUCUAGCUGCAUUGGUGCCUGUGGUUGGUUUUAAUGCAGUGAUGAAGUCGGAGCAUUUUGCAUCCUUUUUGGUCUUCAUUAUUAUUCAUGUCGUGGCCUUUGUUUAUUUUAUCAAAGGGAUUCUUUCACCGAAGAUGUUUAAAGUGGCUAUAACUCUUGUUUUGACCGUUGGAAUUGCUAUUUUUGUAGCAGUUAUUGCAGUACUUGUUGCACUUGUUUCUUCCAGUCCAACUAAAGGAUGGAGCGGGCGGAGCUUGAGCCUGCUUGACCCGACAUAUGCAAGCAAGUACAUACCCAUCAUUGCUAGUGUUAGUGAACAUCAACCACCUACAUGGCCUUCAUAUUUCAUGGAUAUUAAUAUAUUGGCAUUCUUAGUUCCAGCUGGCAUCGUUGCAUGCUUCUUACCGCUAUCUGAUGCCAGCUCUUUUGUAGUGCUGUACCUUGUUACUUCUGUUUAUUUUUCUGGUGUUAUGGUUCGACUUAUGCUCGUGCUAGCUCCAGCUGCAUGCAUCUUGUCUGGGAUUGCUCUUUCAGAAGCUUUUUUUGUUCUGACACGAUCUGUUAAACUUCAGCUAGUCAAAUUAUUAGAGGGGCCGCCCCUUUCCAAUGCAGGGGAUACCAAAGGUGAGAGAUCUGCAGCUCAAAAUGAUGUACCGAAUGCAAAUAAGCAGGAUUCUUCCAAUAAAACCGAAGAUAUUAAAGAUCGUCCGUCAAAAAAGAACAGGAAGAAGGAGAAGGAAACCAUUGAGAAGGCUCCUGUCAAAUCUAGAAAUGAGAAGAGGCUUCUGGUUUUGCCGCUUGAGGCAUCUGCUGUUGCGAUUCUUUUGUUAGUUGUGCUUAGUGGUCUUUAUGUGAUUCAUUGUGUAUGGGCAGCUGCAGAAGCUUAUUCUGCACCUUCAAUUGUUCUUACAUCUCGCUCACAUGAUGGGCUCCAUGUGUUUGAUGAUUUUCGUGAAGCCUAUGCAUGGUUAAGUCAUAAUACUGAAGUGGAUGAUAAGGUGGCAUCAUGGUGGGAUUAUGGCUACCAAACCACGGCAAUGGCCAACCGGACUGUUAUCGUUGAUAAUAAUACGUGGAAUAACACUCACAUAGCCACUGUUGGUACUGCCAUGUCUUCACCGGAGAAGGCAGCCUGGGAAAUUUUCCAGUCUUUGGAUGUGAAAUAUGUUCUUGUUGUCUUUGGAGGCCUUGUUGGGUAUCCAAGUGAUGACAUCAACAAAUUUCUCUGGAUGGUUCGCAUUGGAGGAGGAGUUUUUCCACAUAUUAAAGAGCCUGAUUAUCUUAGGGAUGGUCAGUAUCGUAUUGACGCCCAGGCCACCCCAACAAUGUUGAACUGCCUUAUGUACAAGUUAUCAUAUUACAGAUUUGUUGAAACGGAUGGCAAAGGCUUUGAUAGAGUGAGGAGGACAGAAAUCGGAAAGAAGCAUUUUAAGUUGUCCCAUUUUGAGGAGGUGUUUACAACACAUCACUGGAUGGUGCGAAUCUACAAGCUGAAGCCGGAGAAGAAUAGGAUAAAGCGGAAGACCAAAAAGCCUAAACUAUCCUCAAAAACAUCGUCUGGUGCAAGAAGAGAUGGAAGCACUAAGAAAAAUCCAUGGCAGUGACAUUGUCAACGGCACACGAUUGUUUCAGUUGGAGAGAAUUUUGAUGGACCGAAUAGAAUUUAUAAUAUUAUCACAAUUAGCUGGUGACAAUUCCUAAUAAUUAGGAUGUGUUUGUGACCUUUUUUUUUUUCCUUUUAUUUUCAUAAUUGUAUUUUGCAGAUUAUUGUCAUUUUUGUAUGCGAUUGAAAUUUUCUUAUUUUUCAAAUAUUUUUUUAUGAUGAGAGAUAUGAUAUAUCACAACGGCUAUGUGGUUGACCUUUGGUGGUUAAAGAUUAGGGACAUUUACAUACAUACCAGGCAAUUAGUAUAUGUUUGCA